AUGCGCCUGACCCGCGGGGCGGCAGCGAAAAGAAUCGAAGAUUAUGAAAAUGAAAUACUCCAUGCAGACACGGUAUUCCGAGCAGAAUACGAGGCAAAUGCAUGUCCUAGGAUAUCGUAUAGAGAGUUCAAUCUCAUAUGCCUCAUCGGCCAAGGUGGUUUCGGGAGAGUGUAUAGAGGUAUUCGAAUGGAAAACGGGAUUGAGAAAGCCUACGCGGUGAAGAUACAGGUCAAAGACUAUCUCCGCGAAGGGAAUCGUCUGCAGAGAGCGAUCAAUGAGAAGAAAAUUCAUUACGCGCUAAGAAGGAGUCGCUUCAUUGUGAAACUUUUUUGGACAUGUCGAGCUCUGAGUAAGAUAUACAUGAUCACGGAAUACGCCCAGCACGGCGACCUUGGUCAAAUCUGUCGGACCGGGCCCCUCAAAGAAACAACGGCAAAGGAAGUCCUCGGCCAAGUCGUCAUGGGCAUCGAAUACAUUCACGCAUGCAACGUCAUCCACCGUGACCUGAAAUUGGCAAAUAUCCUUAUCUUCGGAAGGGGGCACGCGAAGAUAACCGACUUCGGGCUUGCUAUUAGGGGAAGCGAUGAUAUGUUACGACGGGCGGGAACUCCAGGUUUCAUAGCACCGGAGUUGCUUAAAGAGGAAUAUUCCUUGGUGACGGAGGCAGCGGACUGGUGGUCUCUCGGAGUGGUGAUGUUCAUGAUCUUGCUGGGCUCACAUCCCUUCUACGAGGGUGAGCUGAACGACGACAGGGGAAUAAAUGAAGCGGUCAGGAGAAAUCAACUCCGAGAUAUGGGAAUGGUCACCCCAGCAGCGAGAGCCAUGAUUAUUCAGUUCCUCGAAGAAAAUCCUGAGAGGCGACUUGGCGUCACGAGAGCUCGUGUCUCAGACGUCCAGAAGCACCCCUGGUUCAGUCCAGACGUGGACUUCAGUCGAUUCCUCAGCGACGAUUUCGAAAUCCCUCAAGACUUCGAGAAAGACCCGCCGGUGCAUCCGGUGACACCUAGUGCUCAUGAGUUUUCAGGCGAAGAUGAUGGUGCCGAGGCGGAGUUCAAUGAUUUCUGA